AUGUCGCUUGCUCAUAGCGACUACUACCGCGUAUCGUCCGACGCUAUGGACAGGCUGACCGAGUUUCUCGAGGAUACUGGGGACGAGAUCGAUCUCCCAGAAUACGAUGUCGAGUACUCGAGCGGUGUGCUGACCCUGCGGCUGGGCGACAAGGGCACGUAUGUGAUCAACAAGCAGCCGCCCAACAAGCAGAUCUGGCUGUCGUCGCCAUUCAGCGGGCCUGAGCGGUACGAUUUCGAUGCCACAAGCGACGCAUGGUUCUGCCGACACAAGGACGAGAGCCUGGGCACCCUGCUCACACGGGAGCUGUCGGACGCCCUGGGCAUUGACAUAGAGCUUCCGAUUAAUUAG